UUGUCUGGGCCUCGCUGAUCCCACGUGCCGGCGGCGGGCGGCAGACAGCACGGACAGGGGAGGAUGCCCUACCACAUUUUCCAACGGCUUCCACUGCGGGUGGCUUGCGCCAUGCAGACAGGGCUUUUUUUUUCUGAAACCUUUUUUUUUCUGGAAAUUCUGGAAGACAUUGUGUGACGGGGUGCUGCUCGAUCAACAUCACCUCGCCGAGGAGAAACCCAGCUACGUACUUGUACAUGAAGGAAUGGACUGGUGGAACAGACGACGGGGCGGCAAUGGCUGCUUUCAGCCCCGAUUCAUUAGCAUAUAAUAAUAAUGCAUCCAAAGUCGUGACCCGAGGGGGGCGAUGGCACCAUCGCCCGCGACCCGCAACGGACCCUCCAUCGACCGCCUCGUUGCGGUAGUAAACUUGGUACUAGAACAAGAAGCUUCUCAUUCAUGGGCGGGUGGCGUGGACACACGACGUCGAGCAUGAAUAGAGCUUUUAGUAGGUCAGUUAUAUAUAAGGACUUGGGGUGCGGGAUGCUAGCGUUGGCACACACCACUUGCUUUUCCUCCUUCUCCCCCGGAUCUUGAUGCUUGGGUAGGAUUAUUUGCUACGACGUGGACGUUAUUUCUUCUUGCAUCGCGUUGUAGCUUUUCUUUUCUGCAUGGCCGUCGGUCCGCGGUAGUCGGCAUCUUUAUUUUUGCUCUUGCUCUCCUAAGGGAGACAAGACGACUGUCGUCCUCGGCGUCACAUAAGACCAUCACCUCGUGUGCCGAAACGAAAAAAAUCCUACCACUCGCCACCUCGAUCGACGAGACGACACGAGACGAAGCGCAGUUCAGUCCUCUUGCGCGCGCGCAAGGAUGGGCCUCACCAACGUGGACCACGACGCCGUCAAGGUGGCCGCCGGCAGCGACUCUGCCUCGGCCACCAACGACACCGAAGUCGGCCGCCUCGAGAUUGCACGCGAAAACAAGCGCCAGAUCGGCAUCCCGUCGGCCGCGCUCCUCAUCCUCAACCGCAUCAUCGGCACCGGCAUCUUCGCCACGCCCGGCACCAUCCUCGCCCUCUGCGGCAGCGUCGGGCUCUCGCUCUUCAUGUGGGUGGCGGGCAUCUGCAUCGCCGCCGCCGGCACCGCCGUCUACAUGGAGCUCGGCACGGGGCUCCCGCGCAACGGCGGCGAGAAAAACUACCUCGAGUACGUCUACCGCAGCCCGCGGUUCCUCACCACCAGCCUGUACACGGGCUACGUGCUGCUGCUGGGCUGGGCCGCCGGCAACUCCGUCAUGUUCGGCGAGUACAUCCUGCACGCCGCCCGCGUCGAGGUGACGGACUGGAACAAGCGCGGCAUCGCCCUCGGCUGUCUGACCGCCGCGUUCCUCAUCCACGGCACCGCGCUCAAGUGGGGGAUCCGCCUGCAGAAUGUCCUCGGCGUCCUCAAGAUCCUCGUCAUCGUCGUCAUCAUCAUCGCGCCCCUCGUCAACCUCCCCAAGGUCCGCGAGGUCAACAACUUCCACCACGCCUUUGACGGCACCACCGGCAGCGGCUACGGCGUCGUCAUGGCCCUCUACAACGUCAUCUGGAGCUUCGUCGGCUACAGCAACGCAAACUACGCCCUCUCCGAGACCAAGAACCCCACCCGCACCCUCAAGUUCGCCGCGCCCCUCGCCCUCGGCAGCAUCUCCGUCCUCUACAUGCUCGCCAACAUCUCCUACUUUGCCGGCGUCUCCAAGGAAGAGAUCCUCGAGGCCAAGCGCCUCGUCGCCGCCUCCCUCUUCCGCAACAUGUUUGGCGAGUCCGCCGAGCGCGCCAUGAGCGUCUUUGUCGCCCUCUCCGCCUUUGGCAACGUCCUUAGCGUCAUCUUCUCCCAGGGCCGCCUCGUUCAGGAGCUCGGCCGCGAGGGCAUCCUGCCCUUUUCCCGCUUCUGGGCCAGCAACCGCCCCUUCAACGCCCCGCUCGCCGGUCUCACCGAGCACUACAUUGUCACCGUCAUCACCAUUGUCGCCCCGCCCGCCGGCGACGCCUACAACUUUGUCCUCAACCUCAUCUCAUACCCCCUCGCCAUCAUCAACGUCUUCGUCGCCGGCGCCCUCAUCCACCUCUACCGCCACCGCGCCGCGUGGAACUGGAACCCGCCGCUCAAGGCGUCCCUGCCUGUCGCCAUCUUCUUCCUCCUCAGCAACAUCUACCUCGUCGUCGCGCCAUUCAUCCCGCCCGAGGAGGGCCAGAGCGUCUACGACUCCCUACCCUACUACAUCCACUGCGUCGUCGGCUUCGGCAUCAUCUUCGCCGGUGGCGUCUACUGGCUGAUAUGGGCCAAGCUGCUGCCCUGGGUCGGCCGCUACGAGCUCGUCCGCGAGACCGUCGUCGACGACAUCGACGGGUGGGAGAGGACGCAGUUUUCCACCCGGCCGCUGGGGGAUAGCAUCAAGGACGACGCAGCCCCCGUGGACUACGGGACGACGACCGGCAGGGAGGAACGGAGAGACUGACGCGCCAAGGUGCAGCGAGUCUCUUUUUUCCCUUUUUUCGUUUUCAACAAACAAGCGAAUCAUAUAUAAUGAAAGCAUAAUGAAGAUGAUGUAUAUUGUCAAUGACUCUUUUCAACCUUGACCAACACAUGUAACUGAGUGCAAAUGCGUGCCCG